UUGUUGUUGUUUGGGUUUUUUUUUUUUUGGUUUGUGUUUUAAGUACAUACAUUUCCUGAAAACAGUUCAAACUGUCAGCUUAGACUGCAUCAAUGUUUGGCAGCUUAUAGCAUCAUAUUUCCAGAUUCUUAACAAAAAUAAUCUUCAUAAAUGUCUGUCUGUAUUGGUCCUAUUUCCUGUUCUCUGGUAUAUUAAAAACUUGUAGCAUCAUUUACAUGUGUAUAUUAUGAAUGGCUACUCAGCUUUAUUGCUGUGAUCUCAUAAGGAUAUUACAGAGUUUGCAGAUGUGGUACUUGGCAGCUGUAAAAUGUUUGACAUUUUGUAACAAGUGUCUGUGUUGCAAGGAUGCAUGAAGCUGAUUCUGAGUCCCCAUUUCACAGACUGAGAAAAUGAAACGAGGCGAUAGAAAGGACUUUUCUAAUGCCAGACUGGGAAUAAGUUCCUGCCUUUGCUCAUUGCCCACUGCCCUUCUUUCCUCCAGGUUAACGAUGACAUGCUGACAGAUAAAAGCAAAUGGAAAGAGUGUAAAAAAUGGAGGGAUGUAGGAGAGGUGGGGGCCCCAAUAAUAGACUGGAAUUGAAGCUUGCAGAGGGCCUGACACUGGAGCAUGCUUUAGAAUUAGGGCUGCUAUACAUCUCCAUUGAAGUCAUGAGGUCUUUGGCAUCAAACACCACCAAGAGGCUGCUGCAGAGCUGCAGCUUUCCCAGCUCUUCUGCACAUGUCUUGUGUGUCCAUGUCCUGUCAUAACAAUCUGGAGCACAGCCAGGAGGUCAGACAGUUUCAGCAGUACUGAAACUGUCUGUGGUGCUCCUAGAGGUCAGAGCCCUUUCCUACCACACUGAGGUAGGGAAAUAGAAGAAGAUAAAUGUUGGACUAAUCUGUGGGCAUUGUCAAGGGUAAGAGAUGGGACAGUGGCAUCCCAACUGAGGAAGUAUUGUCUCUUUGUUUCAGCUAUUUUAGCAGAUCCUACUGGUUUUCUUAUUUUUGCUACUGUGCUCAUCUUCAUGAAUCUUCCUUCUAGAUUACAAGGCUGUAUGCUAACCUCCCCCCGUUGUGUAAUGGCAGUCUCUGGUAACUUUGUAAGACAUCUACCCAAUGAUCUACUUGGGCUCCUUGCUUUGAUUUUUUCCAGUUAAGUCCUGCCUGUCCCUUCAGGUCAAUGGUACCAUUAUCUGAGCGGAGAAAGAAAAGUAGGGGAGGUCCUUGAAAGAAACCACAGUCCUAUAGGUAAAGGCAGCAAAGACUUUCCUUGCAUUGGUCUGUUCAUUUAGGCAGGAAUAAGAAUGAAAACAAGGAGCUACUGCAAUAUCAUGAAUACGAAGCGUGAGAGGCCCUGCCAGUUGGAUUCUGAAAUAAGUGGUGGGUCUGCAGACCUCUUGGAGGGCCCAGCCUUUCCCUUUCCUUUUCCUUUCCCUUUUCUUUUUCUUUCACAAGUUGCCUUUCUUUGUUUUCUAUGGUGGCCAAGAGUGUGGAGCAUGACAGUCACAAUACUGAGUGAUGCUGAGAUGGGCUCGUGGUGCAGCCAGUCUCAGCAUGAAGUCAAAUGAGCAGGUUUCAGAUAGCAGGAUAACAGCAGGCCUUCCUCAAAGGAAUGUGGAUUUGGAGAAGAGCUAUGGAAGAUGGGUGAGAUCACAAGAUGGAGUUAGACAGUGGACUGUAUCUCAGUGCCUAGGGCCUGCACCACCAAAAGUAGUGGUAAUGAUGAAAGUUUUUAUACAGAGAAAACUUGGAGAGCUUGGACCAGAGGGGUCAAGAAAAGGUGUUUACUCAAAGCAAUGUGUGAUGCAGAAAGAAGGGCUGGAGUACAAAGGUAGAGAGUCAGCCCUGCCAGUGGCAGCAGGUGAGGGAGGAUGACAGGGUGUCUGGGGCUCCUUGCUGAGCUGGAACAGUGCUUCAUGGGCAGGGUUUGUUUGGCAGGAAAGAAGGGGCAGCAGCUGCAUCAUUGCUCCCACAGCAGGGUGUGGCACCUGUGUCUGUGGCACCUCCAGAAUGAGUCUUGCUAGUCUCACCUGGGCACUGACACCCUGAGAGCACAUCUGUGAGCUCACAUGAGGCUGCAGGGGCUUUCUGGUGGCUGCUAAAUUUGUUUUGCUUUCAUUAUUUGAGUAAACCUGGGAAAUUUUUAAACUCCACAAAUGUUCCCCAAGUCUUAAAGGCUUCAUGGGUUUCUCUCUGCUGGGUGAUUGCCUGGGUAUUUGUUGCUUGUGGUGGAUGCUGCAUAGGCACCCCAGGACCUAAAUACCUUGAACUGCCCAUAUGAAUACAGGCUGAGGGACAAACAGAUUGAGACCAGCUCUGCUGACAAGGACCUGGGGGCAGCGGUGGAAUAAAAGCUGUCCAUAAGCAGGCCAUAUGUGCUGGUAGCUCAGAAACUCCUAUGUCCUGGGGUUCUUCCCCAGUAGUGUGGGCUGCUGAUGGAGGGGAUUCUUCCCCUCUACUCUGCUCUCUUGGGACCCUGCCUCGUGUUCUGCCUUCAGGUCUGGGCCCCCCAAUGUGAUGAGCAUGUGGAACUGCUAUACUGAGUCCAGAAGAGGCCACAGAAGUGCUUCAAGGGCUGAAGUACCUCUGCUAUGUAUGACAGGCUGAGAGAGUUGGGCUUGUUCAGCCUGGAGAAGAGCAGGCUUUGAGGAGACCUUACUGCAACUUACAUUAUUUAAAGGGAGCCAGUAAGAAAGAUAAGGACCGAUUUUUUAGCAGAGUCUGUUGCAACAGGACAAGUGGUGAUGGUUUUUUAAAUUAAAAGGGUAGAUCACACUAUGUGGCGUGGCAUAUGGGCCCUUCCUGUUGUCUAUGCAUCCUUGCAACUUGCUUUCAAUGAAAUUAUGUUGCCAAAAUUAUACAAAUUGCUUCUCCAAAGUCUUGCCCUAAAUGAGCCUUGCUUGGUCUUAUCCUAUGCAAGCUGUUACAGCUCCAGAGCUCAGUCCCCAAGGGGACUGGGUGCUAGAAGCCAGCUCGCUCUCAGACCAAGGCCACGGGACAGCCCCUAGCAAGCAGGGAAUAUUCAUCUCUUAGUGAUUAGCCAGCUCUUAUGAUUUCAAGCUCUUUGCUUGCUAGGUAGCUUUUCCCUUGGCCUAAGGCUCCAGCAGACGGUGGAGAGAGGAGAAGCAGAAGACGCUGGCUGUUCCACGAGUAUGGCUUUAUUGGAGGGUCCGUGAAGGGUCUCAGCUCUUCUUCUUCUGAGUUAGCAGGGGUACAGUAUGCUACUUUUAUACCCUUGGCCUGGAUCCAAUCCUGACCAAUGGCAAAGGUGUUAGAGUGACCAUAAGUGACCAAUAGUAGGGUUAACAACAUAUUGCCUUCCAUGGCUAUAGGGAUAAGGUACAAGGCGGAUGUCCCUGGAGACAGGAAACUUCUUUGCCGCUGUGUGAGCAUUCUAUUCUCCAAGGGCCCCUGGCUAAACCUGAGGGGUUUACUACAUUGCCCCAUUUAAGAAUAACUUGAGAAAACAGUGCUGAAGUCUGUGCCAGGUAUCAAAGCCAAGACUCUGCAGAGAGCAUUUUUUAAGUCUUUCUGUGCACAUCCAUGUGUUUCUAUAAAUAUUUAAAUGCUGUGAAAACACAGCCUUAAAUACAUUAUAUGACUUGAGGGCUUUGUCUUGGAGCAGGGGCUGUGGGUUGAACAGUCAUUUGUAUGUGAUGCCAUUUCCUCUGUUUUAAACAUCCUGCUGUCAUCUUCUCUGAAGACUUUCUUGUAGGUUCUCUUCACUAUACCAUUAGGGCAGCCUUUCCCUGCAGUCAGUACUGUACAUUGUUCUCUUGUAUGCUACAUGGGAGCCUAAGUUUUUGGGUUUUUUUCUUUUUUUAUUCUGGUCUGUCUUUCUGGAGUCCCUUAACUAGAUAUUUCAUGCUUAUUUAACUACAGGUAGGCCAAAUCAAUGAGUUCUCACUAGCUUUCCUCACACAGACCCACAAUGAUAUUCAGACUCCAUUUGGCCAAUUCACUGUGUAGCUAUUUAAUCUGCAGCAAUGUCACUUCUAGUGGCAAGCCAUUCCUAGCUGCAAUAUACUAAUGAAGAAAAAAAUAGCACAAGAGUCUUUCUUGUUGCCUGGAUAGCCUGUGCUGCAGUCAGUUUGCUGCUUUCUCUGUGCAUGUGCUAGCAAAGAGCAAAGAUUUCACAGACCUUGCUUAUGGCAAGUUGGCAGGCUGUUGGUCAUAACCCCCUUAGCCCAUGGGAAAGAUAUACACAGAAGAGCUGAAGUUAAUUGUCUUAAUAAGGCACUCUACUUUUAGAUGUUUAAAUGAAAGCAAGAUUAAUUCCACCUCAACCUUAAUCAAGUAAAUGUCUGAGCAGAGCUCUAAAUUGUGGGAGUAUUGUUUGUGGUUGUUUUGUUUUGUUUUUUCUUCCCCAGGACAUCCACUGAGAACCACCAUGAAGAACAAACCGUGGCUCCAGAAUAUUUUCAUCUGCCUUUUAUUCCAGUACACUAUGUGUUGUGAAAGCCUCACUUGUUUUGUGGACUAUGUACAGACGCUGUCCUGUAUCCUGCGAGAUGAGUUGGGUGCUGGUUCAUACAAUCUCACUGCUACAUGGGUUCCUGAGGAAGAUCCAGAAAAUACUGCUGCCUGCAGUCUCGUGCAAUUGUCAAGAAACACCAGUCACACACAGUACAUGUGCACUGUGGACAUGACUGAACUCCUAGCAGAUACCAAAGUCCAUGUGGAUGUUACAGAGAUAGCUGAUAGGCAGCACGUGCUUUCCAAAGAAUUUUAUUUGUCAGACAACAUAAAACCACAGCCUCCAUUCAACCUGACCGCUUUGUUCUCAGAAGGUUACAAUAUUUCUUGGGAAACCAUCUACCAGAACUCUUCCUUCUACUUUUUGAAUGAGGAGCUGGAGUAUCAGCUGCGUUACAAAAGAAGAACUGACACUUGGGAGACUCAGAAGACUAAAGCUGUUCAUGAAGAUAAACGGACAUUGGUGAUCCUGCCAUGGGAACUACAGGCGGACACUGAGUACGAGUUCCAAGUGAGAGCUAGACCCCGGGAAGACAGUGACUAUGGUGGCUUUUGGAGUGAAUGGAGUUCUCCGCUGUCAUUGAAAACCAGCCCUGCCGCAGUGACACAGACAGCAGGCAUGGAAUGGUUGUUGUUGUUUGGUAUUGUCGUGGCAAUCAUAGCUUCAAUCACAACAUUUCUGGCCAAACAGCAGAGCUUGUGGAAGAAGAUGGCUUGCAUCCCAGACCCUGCUCCCUUUUUCAAACCUCUUUACAUGGCACAUAAUGGAGAUUUUAAGAAGUGGGUUGGUGCAUCCCAUAUGAAAAUGACCUUUGAUUUCUUUGAAUGGGGAAUAGUCCUUCCAGAAGUCCUAGAAGUUUACACCAUGCAUCCUUCCAACAGCACCCCACAGGAAGAGCUGCAUGAGCUAAGAAAGAAUCUGCCUUGCAAGCCCUGUGUGUCUUGCCUGACUACCCCAGGUCAUGGUAGCCAGUCACCGUGGUGCAGUGUAAACAGUAGUGAUGGGACUGAGGACCAGUCAUAUGGGCAUUUGUCAAUUGAUACAGUGACUGUGGCUGAUGAAUUUACAUCUUGUAACUGCCAGUGCAGCUGUAAUCAUGUGUACAGGGAACAUGACCAUACCAACAAGGAAGAUGAUAAUGCUGGAGAACCCGGUUACCCCAAGGUUAACCUUGAUGAGGAAGACAGAAAGAUAUCCAGUGACUUACAUUUGGCUGAUCUGAGUACACAGGACAAAAUACUUGCUUCAGGCUCUGUGUCCACAGACCACCUGAGGAGCACAAGUGUCCCAGUCAACCAGCAAGGAGAAAGGGGAGUGGAAGGAGGUGUGGGGAGCAUCCUAGAAGCCCUUUGCUUGCAGCCUUAUCAGUGGGAUUUGGAAAAUCCAGGUUCUCUACCUUCUCCUGAUGGUGAAAGUGUUUCCUACAGUGAAGGCUCCUAUGACUUCUUCCCUCACAAUACAAAGCCUGGUGACAGUUAUCCUUUGAUCUGUGUAGAUUUGGACACUAUUGACAGUGGCUUUGUGGACUCAGACUGUGGAAGUCCAGUUGACUCUGAAUUUGGGCAAAACAGUCAGACCAUUUGUGGGUCCAUCCCUCUUGAGCAAGAGGGGCAAGACUUUACACGGAGCUACGUCAAGCAGUGGGUCUCCUGCCGCUCUGAGAGCCCUGUCAGUGGGACACAGACAAACUAAGGACUGGAUGAGUGUGGAGCCUUUUUCAUAGUGUGCCAGGAGCAAACGGCUAGCAAAAUUCAGAAGAGAAAAGUUUACUUUGUCUAAGCUCUAUUGCAUAAGUUGGCACCUGUUAGGUCCACAGAAAUAAUACCUGUUUCUAUUCCUGCUUAUUAAUGUCUCAAAUUUAUUGUGAUUGAUUGUUCUUGAGUUUUGUUGGGUUUUGGUUUUAUUUAGAAUCACAGAUCAACCCUCCCUUGGUGUAAAAAAAAAAAAAAAAGUUAGAAAAAAGCAACUGUACCUUGAAAAUUAUCCUUUGGCUUAUAUAGAUAUGAAAAAUUUUUUGCAAUAAUCUUAUAAAGAGUACAGAACUUUAUUUUCCCUGGUAUUCUCACAUGACUUAAGAGUUUGGCUGCACAUGGAACCUUAGAAUCAUAACUCAUGGCAAGCACAUUUGCUAUGUUAAAGUUCCCCUACCUUUCCAAACAACAUGUGAUGUUACUUUUCCUUCUACUAUCUUUGGCUCUUUAAACUCAGCUGUAAUAGUCUGUUAAUUACAGACUGGCUCCAGACCGGUCCAUGGGGAUCAAAACUAAUUCUUAUGAAAUCAUUGCAGAAAUGCGUGUACUAAAGACUAAGCACGACUCAGGAUUCAGAAAGAUUUUCCAGGUAGUGUCUGCAAAUGAAAAGACUUCAAUAGAUAUAUAAUUCUAAAUAAGCUCUCACUACUUGGCUUUUCUAUUGAGUCAGACUCUCUCCCUGUACUUUUCAAGCAUUUUAAUUGAGCAGCUUUUAGAAUUUUGCCAAAAUUAUCGAAACAUUGUCCUACCUGGAUAUGCCUGCCACUUCUGCCUUGGACUUGCUCUGCUGCAGUUAACAGGUCAGUAGGACAAAUUUUGAGCAAUUUCUGCUAGCUAAUAAAGCCAAAUAUGAAACUGCACUGUAACCUUGAAUCCGUUUUUCUCCCUGGCAUCCCCAUAUCUCUGAUUUGUUCAGGAUACAUGUCUUAAAAAGUCACUGAAGAGUAAUACUGAAAUUGAAUGUGAAGACCUUCAUCUUACAUAGACAUAGUGCUACUAACCCAUAGACUGCUUGGCUCCAAAAGGUUGUAUCUUGAGAGAACCUUUGUGGUGAAUGAUGCAUGUUUGCAAUGUAGUAAUAAUCUGUUGUUGCUGUGAUACCAAUAAACUCCCUUCCCUCA